AUGCAGUCCUAUUGGAGAGUAGGCCCUGCUCCCUCGAAGCGGCUUCCGGCUGAAGUCAAAUCGUCCGGCCUGGAUCUCAAAAGCGGCACAGGCGGCGACAUGACAUCGCGCUUAGAUGAAACGCCCAAAUCACACGAUAUAGAGCCAGCUGGGAACGAUAGCAUUCGUGCCAAUGCCGCGCCAGAACAGGACUCCUGGGUAGCUGGCCGGGCUCACCAGGCACCUUUCGAUACUACUGCCGCUUCCAUAACCUCGAGUGGUCCUGAGAAAGAGCCGGUGAAGAAGCCGGAUGUUUCCAGUCGACAGCCGCCAAGUGGCCUUGUCGGCUUCCACCAGAACGACCAACUUUUGAACCUUGUACGGCAGCAACUUCGCAAGCAGAGGCGCCUUGAACAGAAUAAACCUUUUCGCGGGCCGGAUGGGGUCUUUCUUAAUUUGCGGGAACCUCAUAUUUCAAAGCGAAAUGAGUCUACCCAUCAUAAAGAUUCUCGCACCCUGCAGCCUCGGAGUUCGCGGCGACCCUGGGAGAGAUCUCGAUAUGGAAACGAGGAAGCCAUUGCCGAAGAUGAUCACCGUUCGAAAGGACUCUGCGACGACGACAUUGUAUUGAUGUCACCCAAAACUGUAAUCGGUAAAGGCAACUCGGACCCCUUUGGAACGUUCUCCAUUGACAUCAACCCAAGAGCCAACAGCAUGAUUUCAUUUUUCCGUGAUUCCGUCUUGUCAUCCCUCUAUCACACCACGUCGAAGAAGUGGCUAACUUCGGCCAGCGCGGUGCGAGAUUUCCAGGAUAACAUUGACGCACUCAGCGACGAAGGUGCUGCAUACGGGUUUCUUGCUCGGUAUACCUUGAUCGCCGCCGCGCUUAAUCCGAACUUGCAAGAACUGGCGAUCACCUACCGCUACAAGAGCAUCAAGCUCCUUCGAGAGAGAACGGCCACAGAAAACAGCAUAGGGGACGUGAUUGGAAGCGAUCGACCUCCCAGCCUCUUCCUGAUGUGGCAUAUCUUCCUGCUCUACGCGACGGAACUGGCAGCUCGGAAUCUGUCAGGGACCAUAGCACAUGCUAAGAUGUUACGUAUGCUAUUCGACCGGCAGGCCAAGUUCAGACAAGUGGACUACAAGCUGCUGAACUAUGUAUUGUACAACGACCAACAAAUGGCGGCCAUCUUCCUUACACCACCGGUUUUCGACCCCAGGGAAUGGACGCCGCGGAUGUUCAAGGGGCUAUGGGAGAUGGCCGAGACCAAACUGCCAGAACCAUCGCCGAGCAUAUAUGUGAUCGAUCCGUCCAUCGAAAGCGAAGAAUUACGGUUCAUCUUCUCUCUGCGCCGCCGCUCGCUAAAUUACUGGCUAAUGAACCAGACCAAUGAGCUGCCUGAAUCGCCAUUGAUGCUUGCGUGGAUGAUCUCAAAGUCAAUCAUCUGUCAGAACCGCUUGGUUCUCUACUUCCGAGAUAUGCGGGAACUGUCGCUUGAUUCCUCUCUCUCACCGCAAGAGCGGCACGCCUUCGAGAUCCAGCAGUACAUCGCGCUCUCAGCCCUGCACUGGUCACGCUCGUUUAACUACAACACCAGCAUCUGCGGCGUCCCUGUGUAUGAUGCGAGCCCUGGGAUCCUGGCCAAGCUAGAGUAUCUGCUGGUGCGAAGCAAGAGACUGGGUGGCGAUCCUCCGCGCUGGGACAACGUGCGACUGUGGGCGCUCUAUAACGGAGCGUGGUCGGCGCACGCGGCGAAGGAGAAAUCAAAGACUGCCCCUGAUCCUUAUAGCACUUGGUUUAAUGUGGAAUUUGUCGCGCAUGCAACGAAAAUGGGCCUUACGACAUGGGAAUCCAUACAAAAGAUUCUCAAGGGCUUCUUGUAUUCUCCAUUUCUGCGGCCGGACGGGUCGAUAUGGGUGGAAAAGGCACUGAAUCGAGAGGAUCGGCUAGUUUGA